AAUUAAAUCGAGUCUUGAUUUAAUCGUACCUAUUAUUCUAAAGGUAUUCAAUAUUAUAGGUCUACAAUAUCAAUGUAUAAUAGUUUUUUUAAGUCCUUGACUUUAAUGUCCUAAGACCCUGGAGACGAGGUUUAUCCAUCACGGCUGGCCAGCGUCACGUGUGAUCCUUCUCCAAGUAUUGCCGGUUGUCACCUUAUCUGCAACCUUAACUUAAAUGCCAGAAUGUUAUACUAGCUCAUCGGCAGGUAAUUUUGAAAAUACGUCUUGACCUCAAGAAUUGCAAGUAGUUUGUACGCAAUAUAUUGCAAUAAGAUAAACAGAAAUGAUAGGUUUAUUGCCUAUGUUUUUAAUAACAAAAGAAAUUUUUUUUACUAAUUUAUAUUUCCAUGAUCUCAUUCCUAUUAGACAUCUGUGUGCCUUUUUUGGCAAAGGCCUCAAUAAUAUAGUUUCGGCAAAUGCUUAUAUGUAUUUAUAUAUAUUAGUAUAUAGUAUAGUUUAACAUAUGUACAAUAUUAUAUGUUUAUAGCCUAAAUGCGAUUAUCACCCUUUUAAUUUACGAUUAUGACUCAUGUCUCAAUUAUUAUUAUUUUUAUUUUUUAUGAUACAGCAUACAAAAAUAAUUAAUAAUCACACCACAUACAAAAUGUGUUUCAGCUAAAUAAUUGACUCAUGUUAAAUAUUCAGACUGAAAAUAAAUUGGCCUCGGAUUUUUAUCAUUUACGAAGAAAAUUUUAUGUGAGAGGUCGUGCAGUAGACUAAAAAAGAUAAAAUGCUAUCUCUGCGAAAAGGGAUAGAUACAAUAUACCUUUUAAAUGCUAGAAACACAAGGUUGUUAGGUGUGAGCUCGACUCUCGUCGAGAAAAGAGAGUAUAUCAAAACAUGGCAAGAAAUACCAGGACCAUCUUCAUUACCUAUUAUAGGACAACUGCAUCACUUUCUACCUGGUGGUUCCUUGUAUAACGUGAAACAUGCUUUAUACGAUACACUGUACAAAAAGUACGGUCAAAUAGUGAAAAUGAGGAUAUUAGGUGUGCCAUUCCUUAUAAUAUACUUAUUCGAUGCUGGUGCUAUAGAAAAGAUUCUACGUGAGGAAGAUAUUCUUCCUGACCGACCAGCUUUUCAAUCUCUACAAUAUUAUAGAAAGAAUUACCAUAAAAGUGAACACCGCAAUUUUGAAUCUGAGUCUACUGGCCUUAUAACAGAACAUGGGCAGAAUUGGAAGAGUUUAAGAUCUAAAGUCAAUCCAAUAAUGCUGCAACCCAAGGGUGUAAAAAUUUAUAGCAAACCAUUAUAUAAAGUAGCGGAAGAUAUGGUUGGAAGAAUACAAUUUCUACUUGAUGAAAAGCAUAUGGUCAAUAAUGUAAGGCAUGAAAUUACGAUGUGGUCAUUAGAAUCGGUGGCGAUAGUUUCUCUGGGACAACGGUUGAACCUUUUCGACCCAAACUUACCGGAGGAUUCCCCAGCACGGAAACUCACAAAGAAUAUACAUGACGUUUUUUAUUUGGCGCAAAACUUGGACUUGAAACCUAGUCUGUGGAGAUACAUCUCUACGCCGCUGUUUAAAAAGGCAAUGACGACUUAUGCCGAGCAAUGGAAACUCAGCAGAUAUUUUGUGCAACAAAGCAUGGAAAAACUAAAAAAGGAAAAAAAUAGACCCGAUGACGAAAAAAGUAUUCUUGAGAAACUGGUGAACAUUGAUGAACGAACUGCCAUUCUUAUGGCUGGUGACUCUCUAUUUGCUGGUGUAGAUACGGCAUCUAACGUAGUGAUCUCAAUAUUGUACUUCUUAGCUAGAAAUCCAGAUAAACAGAAAAAGCUAAGAGAGGAAAUUUUAUCGGAAGACCCAAAACAAAAUUACCUAAAAGCUUGCAUAAAGGAAACCUUAAGAAUUAUACCAGUAGUACCAGCGAAUAUAAGAAAAGUUUCGAAAGAUUAUGAUAUACUUGGAUACAGAAUACCGAAAGAUAGCUUUGUCAUAUUAAACCACGAAGUUCUCGGUAAGACUGAGCAACAUUUCCCUAGACCGAACGAGUUCCUUCCAGAAAGAUGGAUUGUUGAUAAGACGGACCCCCUAUAUUAUGGAAAUGCUCAUCCAUUUGUAUACAAUCCAUUUGGUUAUGGAUCAAGAAGUUGUAUUGGGAGGAGAAUAGCCCAGUUACAACUCGAGUCAUUUACAUCAGAAAUGAUAAAAAACUUCGAAGUGUCCUGGGAUGGUCCUCCAGCCGAAGUAGAUAUUGCCAUAAGUAUACACAUUAAAGGGGACUUGCCAUUUGUUUUCAAAAAUGCGUACAAGAAUUAAAUUUUUUCUCUGAACAACAGUUUUUUUUUUUAGGUUAUCACCAUGAACUUCAAUUUCUUAACAUUUUGGCUCAAAUAAAAGCCUUAAAACUAAUCGAAGCUGA